AUGACUCAAUCAGAAGGCGCAGUGGUCAAAGACAGGAAGAGGAGCCGAAGCAAGCACCAGAAUGGCCACAGUGGUUCAAGCGACGGGAGUGAAGCCGAGACCGCGAGCCAGUCCAGCAAGCGAAGCAGCAGAAAGCGCAAAGGCGACGACGAUGCCAAAGUCAACGGCAACCACUCCAAGAAGCAGCGCCGCCCGAGCCUGAGCCAGCCUGCGCGCGAUCCCCGAGACACUACAGCGUCCAAGUCCAAGAAGAAGUCAUCCAAGCCCAAAUUCGAGGGUGUUGUAACGAGGUCACCGAGCCCGGUGAUUGACUUUGACGGCCUGAGUCGCCCAAGUCUCGGAACCCGUGAACGUCUUGAUGAGUCCCCCGAGCAGGCUGCCAUUCGUCUUGACAAGAUGAAGGGCGCCGUCCGCACUAUCCUCGAAUGCGUCGGCGAAGACCCCGACCGGCCCGGCAUCCUCGAUACCCCAAGACGGUAUGCCGAAGCGAUGCUCUUCCUGACCCGCGGCUACCAGCAAAACGUCAAGGACAUUGUCAACAAUGCCAUCUUCCAGGAAGGCCACAACGAAAUGGUCAUUGUCAAGGACAUUGAGAUCUUUAGCAUGUGCGAGCACCACCUCGUCCCGUUUACCGGCAAGAUGCACAUUGCCUACAUUCCCAAGAACCAGGUCAUUGGCCUCUCGAAGCUGCCCCGUAUUGCCGAAAUGUUCAGCAGACGUUUCCAAAUCCAGGAGCGCCUGACGAAGGAGGUUGCCUACGCCAUCAUGGAAAUCCUGAAGCCCCAGGGUGUCGCCGUCGUAAUGGAGUCCAGCCAUCUGUGCAUGGUCAUGCGCGGCGUGCAGAAGACGACGGCUAGCACGAUAACUAGCUGCGUCCUUGGAGCCUUCGAGAAGAAGGAAAAGACUCGGAACGAGUUCCUCAGUUUGGUGGGGUUGAAGACAUAG